AUGCCCCUGGUCACCUCCAAAUUGCAUCUGGUCAAGUCCGAUGUCUGGCACUCAGCAACAUUCUGGGCAUGCGUCUUCUGGAUUCUAUGGCUGCACCGCUACGUUCGGCUGCUGGUGCACUGCGUCAGCCAUUGGACCUACAAAUCGAAGCCCAUCCCCAGCAAGCCAACGUUCACCAACGAGGACGUGACGGUCAUCAUUCCUACAAUUCAUAAUGCGUUUGAGGAGCUGCGCCCGUCACUCCAGAGCAUCCUGGCCUGCAAGCCUGCCGAGCUGAUCCUCGUUACGACAUAUGACAAGCGCAAGGCACUCGACAAGCUGGCCAAGACGCUCAACUACCCCAAGGUCCGCGUCAUGCACUCGCCCAUUGCCAACAAGCGCCUCCAGGUCUGCGAGGCCCUGCCCACGGUUGAGACUCCCAUCACCAUCAUGGCUGACGACGACGUGACCUGGCCGUCUACGCUGAUGCCCUGGAUCCUGGCUCCCUUUGAGGACCCCAGGAUGGGCGGCGUCGGCACCUGCCAGCGAGUCAAGCGCGUGUGGACUGGUCCGUGGUCCGUCCGCAUCUGGAACUGGCUCGGAGCCGCGUAUAUUGAGCGCCGCAACUUUGAGAUCUCGGCCACGCACAACAUCGACGGCGGCACCUCGUGCAUGUCUGGCCGCACUGGAGCGUACCGAUCCGAAAUCCUCAAGAGCCAUACCUUCCUCGAGGGCUUCAAGACGGAGAAGUGGAGAAAGUGGAUCCUGAAUGCUGACGACGACAACUUUGUCACGCGCUGGUUGGUGAGCCAUCAGUGGAAGACCUGGAUCCAGUACGAGCGCGAGUGCGAGAUUGAGACGACGCUGGAGAACGGCCCCAAGUUCCUCUAUCAGUGCUCCCGCUGGGCGCGCAGCAACUGGCGAAGCAACUGGACCAGCCUGGUCCAGGAGCGGCACGUGUGGAGACAACAGCCCUGGUGCACCUACGCCCUCCACUUCGCUACCUUCACCUCCCUUGCCUUUGUCGUCGACCCGCUUUUGCUUGCCUCGUGCUGGUUGGCGACGAGCGAGUGGGAUCUUCGCUACCGACUCUACGCCUUCUGGGCCCAGUUCAUCUUCAUGUUCGCCUUCACCAAGUUUGUCAAGCUCAUGGGACUUUUGUUGCGAAACCCCAGCGACAUCGUCUUUGUUCCCGUCUCCAUUGUCUUUGGAUAUUUCCACGGGCUCAUCAAGCUCUAUGCCCUCUUUACUCUUAACAUGACGUCAUGGGGCAGUCGAGCCGAUGGUGAUGCAAAUGAUGCGGAGCGGCUCGCGCCGGCGCCAACACCACACAAGGUAUUGACGAUCCCUCCUGGUCCUAGCUCGCUCAUCCGCUACAACAACGUCCGUCACAAGGAACGACCGACGCAGACGCGGACCGAGCAGGACUCGGUGUGGGAGAAGCGUGGCUGCGCCGCCUACGACUCGGGCACUUCGUACCAUUCGAAUAGAAUCAUGUCCGAGAAGCAUGAGGGCUCUGAGAUGCAGAAUCACCACGACCAGCCACACUCGAUGCGAUUCAGCAACGCCUCGGACUAA